GUUUUGUGUUUCUCUGUGCUUUGUGAGGAAGAGGUUAAAUUUGAAAUUUUUGUUGAUCUUUGAAAAGUGAACCUUUAUUUGCAGUUUUUAAUAAUUUAAUAUAUUCGUUAUGGCAUCUCGACCUCAACCUUCGUUAAGAAAUCUUACGAAAAAGAAUUUCGGGAAACCUGCUGAAGAACAAAAUCCGCUCUUACAAGAAUUAGGUGCUCCACACGUAGAUAGUUUUAAUUUUAUGAUCGAAAAAGGCUUGGACAAAGCUGUGGAAGAUUUGGAUCCUAAACAAUUUCUUGUCAAUAAUGAUAAAUUUAAAUUUGUUAUUUCUGAAGCCUCUAUAUCAAAACCUGCUGUUCCGCCUGGAAUAAUAUGUUCGAAUAAAUCAGUGUAUCCCAAGGAAUGUAGACAGAGAGCAGGAACUUAUAGAGGAAAAUUGAUGAUUAAAGUGGAUUGGUGGCUCAAUGAUACACAACAAGAACCUUUUGUGAAAGAUUUAGGUGACAUACCAAUUAUGAUCAAGUCUAAAAAGUGUCAUCUACAUAAUAUGACUCCCAAGCAAUUAGUCGAUGCUGGAGAGCAUGAGGAUGAGUGGGGCGGAUAUUUUUUAAUCAAGGGACAUGAAAAACUGGCCAGAAUGCUUCUGAUGACAAGAAAGAAUUAUCCUAUCGCCAUUGAAAGAAAUGGUUGGAAAAUGAGAGGAAAAUUUUUUUCUUCCCUUGGUAUUUCUAUAAGAUGUGUGAAGGAGGAUCAUGAGUCAACUGUCAAUGUUCUUCAUUAUUUAACUAACGGCUGUGUGAAACUUAAUUUUACCCAUAACAAGACGCCAUUUUUCGUGCCACUUAUGCUUAUUUUAAAGUGUUUGUGUGAUUUCACAGACUAUCACAUUAUGAUGAAUAAAUUAAUCCUGGAAGCUCAUGAAGAUGAUAUAAAAUAUCGAGACUGCAUUUCCAGAAUGUUAGUACAACUACAUCAACAGGGCCUUCACAAGCAUGAAGAUUGCAAAGAUUAUAUGGGGAAAAUGUUCAGGGUGAAGUACCCCGAAUGUCCUCCUUGGUACACGAACUCUGAAGUGACAGAUUAUAUACUCAAAAAUAAUGUGUUGAUACACCUCGAUAAUAAUGAGGAUAAAUUUAAUUUGCUUAUUUUCAUGACCCAGAAACUGUUCACUUUCGCACAGGACCAGUGCAAAAACGAAGGGGCUGACGCUGUAAUGAUGCAAGAAGUUCUUUUAGGUGGUCAUUUGUACCUCAAGGUAUUGAAAGAGAAGUUGAAGACUUGGUUAGAAAGAGUGCGACUUAGGCUCGUUAAUAAAGCAAGAACAAGCUCUAACAACCCGGUCAGCAUAAAAGACGUACUUACAGCUGUAAAAUAUGCAGGGGUUAUACAGAAUGAUAUGGAACACUUUUUGGCCACUGGAAACAUAAGUUCUAAAACAGGGUUGGGUUUGAUGCAGGACAAAGGGCUUGUUAUUGUUGCAGAAAAUCUAAACAGAAUGAGGUACAUGUCCCAUUUCAAAGCUGUGCAUCGAGGAGCAUUCUUCGCAGAAAUGAGAACAACUGAUGUUCGAAAAUUGUUGCCUGACGCUUGGGGGUUCAUCUGUCCAGUCCACACCCCCGACGGGGCGCCCUGCGGGCUUCUGAACCAUCUGAGCGGAUCUUGUUUUAUUUCAAAGGAACCUGAUGCGAUGAUAGCUAAAAACAUGCCUAUGGUUUUGGCCGCAUAUGGAAUGAGUUCUCUGGACGAUACUAAAUCUUGCAACAUGAAAAAUUGCACUUUUGUUCUACUUGAUGGUAGAGUUUUAGGCUUUGUGGAAGAUGUUAACGCAGAGGAUUACGUCAACAAAAUCAGGUACUUGAAGAUAAAGGGUGUAGAGAUACCAAACACAACAGAAAUCAUUCUUGUUCCUAAAAAAAAAACUCCCGGUCAAUAUCCUGGAAUCUUUCUAUUUACUGGUUCGUCGAGGAUGAUGAGGCCUCUACUUCAUAUUGGUACCAGAGAAAUAGAAUAUGUGGGUACAUUUGAGCAGGUCUACCUGGAUGUUGCUGUCAGACCUAAUGAAAUUUAUAAAGGUGUCACUACUCAUUUAGAGCCAACGAAGACUGAUUUUCUUUCCCAUUUGGCAAGGUUGAUACCUUUACCAGAUUGUAACCAAUCCCCAAGGAACAUGUAUCAGUGCCAGAUGGGUAAGCAAACAAUGGGCACCCCUUGUCAUAACUGGCCAGUACAGGCUGAAACUAAACUGUAUCGGCUAACGACCCCAGCUUCGCCCCUGUUUAGGCCGUCUCAUUAUGACGCCUUGAAAAUGGAUGAUUUUGCAAUGGGUACAAACGCCAUAAUUGCAGUAAUUAGUUAUACGGGUUACGAUAUGGAGGAUGCUAUGAUAAUAAACAAGGCUUCGCACGACUUUGGAUUCGCACAUGGGGCAGUGAUCAAAUCCCAAUUCAUUAAUUUAGAUAAUCCAAAUGACUACUUCUAUCGGGAUCCUAAGCAGCCGAAUUUAGAUGAUUUUAUGGAUAGCGACGGAUUGCCUUACAUAGGAAGAAAAAUGAACAACAACGAACCCUUUUAUUGUUAUUACAGUACCGAUAAGUCUAAAUACGUAGUGGAAAAAUUCACAUCGCAGGAGGAGUAUGUGGUGGAAAAUGUGAGGCAGUGCAGUGAUUUCGGAACUAAAACUCCCAGGAUAGCUUGCAUCACCUUCAGAAUAUCGAGGAAUCCAUCUGUGGGUGACAAGUUCGCCAGUAGGGCCGGACAGAAAGGUAUUUGUUCCCAGUUGUGGAACCGAGAAGACUUACCUUUCUCCGAGACAGGAAUGGUGCCCGAUAUCAUCUUCAAUCCGCAUGGUUUCCCUUCAAGGAUGACAGUGGCUAUGAUGAUCGAAGUACUGGCCGGUAAAUCUGCGGCCCUGCACGGAUUGGUCCACGACGCCACGCCGUUUGAGUUUUCCGAAGAGGAUCCUGCUAUCGACUAUUUUGGUCGUCUUUUGGAAAUAGGAGGUUACAAUUAUUGCGGUUUGGAGACUUUCUAUUCAGGGAUAGAUGGUAGACCCUUGGAAACCCAGAUUUUCACUGGUAUUGUGCAUUAUCAACGUCUAAGACACAUGGUCUCUGAUAAAUUUCAGGUUAGAUCGACUGGUCCGAUAGAUCCGAUCACCCGCCAGCCAAUCAAAGGUAGAAAGAAGGGGGGUGCUAUCAGGUUUGGUGAGAUGGAGAGAGAUUGUUUGAUAGCCCACGGAGCCGCGUUCUUGUUGCAAGACAGGUUGCUUCAUAAUUCAGAUGCUACUAUUGCUCUAGCAUGCAAAUCUUGCCAGUCCCUGAUAAGUCACAUGACUGAAAUAACGAGGAGAUCCGAUAAAAAAUAUUUGGUGGAAACAAGAGAAAUGUGCAGAAUUUGCGGAUCCAGUGAUGAUUUGAGAGCUAUUGUCAUUCCACAUAUAUUCAAGACGUUUCUAAUCGAACUAGCUUCCUGCAACAUUAACUUGAAAAUCACCCUGGACAAGUUCUACAACAGAUGAAGAAAAGUGCUAUCCGCAGUCUCAAUUUGUAUAUUUU